AUGGUACCAGAAGUAACUUUCAUCUCACUUCCUGGUCUACUGUUUGUUUGCCUAAAUCUUUUGGAGGAUUGGGUUUUGGUGAAGGGACAAAACUUUUGGCACUACCAACUUAAGGCAGAUACCAGUUGGUACUGGCGAAAAAUCUGUCAUUUGCGUGGUAUUUUGACUCAAGAGGCUAUUGAUAAAGCUGGCAGUCAAGGGAGGUUUAAAAUUGGGUUGUUAUAUGCGAGUUAUCUACACCAAGUCCCUGUCAAGUACCAGCAUUUUGUAUGGAGUAGAAUGAGUGUGCCCAAACAUAGAUUUAUUACUUGGCAAGCUAUUAAUACUAAGCUGUUAACUCCGGAUCAUUUGCCUCGAGUGUUAAUGCUUCUUGAAACUACCCUUUGCCCGGUCUGUGAACAAGCUGAUGAGAGCCAUGGCCAUUUGUUUUUUGACUGCUGUUUCUCUCAGCAGGUAGUGCUUCAUAUUCAAGAUUGGAUAGGCUGUAAAUGGCCUUUAAAUUUCAAUGGCCUUUGA